CUUGAGAAGGUGGCACAGAUAAAGUUUUGUUCUAGCACGACCAAGAAACUUUCAUAAGAUUUAAAAUGUAAUUUUGUUGUUAAGGCAUACGUUGUAUUAUGGAGCUUUUGGGUUUCCGUUGCACAACCAACGCAGACUUCUCGUUAUCCGGAUGAUCCGCGUACUCCAGACAGUGCUUCAGACGGAUAUCCGACACUGAUUACGCACCUAUUUUUGCAUAAAGUUCGGUAAAUAUCAGCCUUCCGAAAGUGCGUCAUGCCUGCUACGAAGUUGCGCGCUGCUACUUACCUUUCUCCUGGCAUACCGGCUGAAUAUUUUGAAGGUAUUCUUCACUACCUGGAAAGAAAACUGAACGUUCACUCAUCACUCAUCUACGAAUCCCGCUGGUACGGUCCUCCCGCUGACAGAGGAGACCCUUUUAGCGAUGGCGAUAUUGAUAUGGCCUUUAUGACGCCAAUUGCUUUUGUUCAUCGCUUGGAAGCUGGGAACAAGGCCAUGGAACUACUGCCAGUGUCGUCAGUGCACCAGCACCGCCUUGGAAGCGACGAACCCGGCCACUUUGCUGAUGUGGUCAUCAACGCAAGCUUACAAAGCAGCAGUAUAGAAAAAUUCGACCAACUACGCGGCUACAAGUGGGCAUACACCGGGCCCGAGUCGUUCAGUGGGCACCAGGUAACAUUGCAAGAGCUGAAGAAAAGAGGGGAAACUGCAAACUUCUUUGGCAACAAAGUGCCGGCACACUCGCACUUGGACUCACUUUACAUGAUCUUGGACCAACAAGUUGAUGCUGCAGCAGUGGAUGCAAACUGUUUGGCUUUGUUUUUGGACAGGAACCCAGCUUACAAAGAGAAGUUGGUCGUCAUCGAUUCUUGGGGACCACUGCCACCGUACCCGAUUGUCAUGAAGAAAGAGCUUCCCGAAGAGCUCAAGUCGUCAAUAGCAAGUGCGCUGCUCACGAUGCACGAAGACGAGAUUGGGGCCAAAGUGCUGGCCAAGUUCCACGUGCAUAACUUUGCACCCGUGUCAUUGGACCAGUUUUUAGAAUUCAGGGAGUCCCUCCGUAACGUCAGCAAGUUGAGUUUCGCGACUGUGUACUACUGACACCUUUUGCCGAGAAUUUUGAUGCAUUAAUUGGAUUCUGAGCAAACUAGUUUCUAUCUAUCUAUAGGAUGGUCCUAGAAUAUAAACUGCAGCCUUGGAGCUAGCCAGCACAGCUGUCCUUCCAUGCAUUCCACUAGCUCUACACAGUAUGCGUCACACCUGUCUAGCAACCUUGUUAGUAGCUUCCUGUUACGUUAUAUAUAUACACAAGAAUAUUUAAUUACUGUUAAGGAUGUAACUGAGUUUCAUUUUAUUAAAUAUCGUUUACAAUUCAAAAGAA